UUAAUAGGGGAUUUACCAUUUGCUACUAUUCUUUUUUCUCUCUCUCUUUCUCCUUCCUCCAGCCAACCCUAGGACACGAUCUUUGGUGGUAUUGACAAAUUGCUACAUCCUCCUUCCAUUUUACAUUUGUUAAUCCCUUCGCUUUCGAGCUUGCAAAUUGAGAUCUUCUCUACGUGUCAAUAAUCGUCGUCACCACGUAGUUCAUUGGGAUUCAUAGGCUAUGAGCUAUGAAAUCAGCCACUGAUACGUGGAACUAAUUUACGUCACGUGACUGACACGCCACUUUGUUAGGAUAAGAAAGUAGCUCAUGUUCACGUUACUGUACACACAAAGACAUACGAUCACUUACGCACUUCAAGGGGAUGCGGGAUAUCAGGGUCAAUAGUGUUGACCCUUAGCACUAAGCACACAUCUCACGUACCUUUGACUUCAUAAUGAGGUAGAAUCGAAUCAAAAAUGCGGAUGUUUUAGCUCGUAGCAAGUCCAUAGGGGUAACAUGUGAUGGUGUAAGUGACUAGACUGGGCAUGAUCCGGUUUGGGACCAAGACAAUCAGGACUUCCUAUUUUCCCUGGUGUGGUGACCAAAUCCGGUUUACUUCCGUUGUUGACGGCGACUCAAGGAUCGCUCCAUCCAAACCCCACAUGGGAUCACAACCAACCCCUCCACUAUGGUAUUCUUUCACGUGGGAACCCUGUGCAUCAAAGGACAUGCUAGACUAGACACCGGUCCUUUUAAAUAUGAGGAGCAAGCGAGCAUAGGAAAGAGGAAAGUAAGAGAGGGGGAACCCUCAGGGAUCUCCCCUAGGACCUCGAAAGCCAUUGUCGGUGGUUCGAUCGAAAUCAAAACGAAAGAGGAGCGGCACAGCGAGAGACAGGGAGACCAACCGACCAUCCAUUGCGAUGGAGCAAUGGAACGAUGGAGCUCAUUUAGUAGUCAGUCUCGAACAAGGCGGUGAAUGCGAAGGAGGAGAGUUUGAACGCUCGCCACAUUGGACAUUCAAAACGGCUUCCUGACGUUGAUGGAUGAGGCUUUGAAAUCCGUAACUCUAUAAUCUUGGAGUGCAUCAACAUCGACCACGCUCUCGAGUGAAGUGUUUUGGAAUCCUGUCAGAGUUCCAGAUAACAUCUGAAAGAAUGGACCCCUCCGAAAUCAUGUCCCAAAUGUUCAGCGACGACGAGGAUUAUGACGAUGAUUCGUCUAAUCAAUCCAAAGUAUCUUCUUCCACCUCCUCUCCUUUCUCACGGAACAAAACCGCCGGAUCAUCGGGUCGGUUCAAGCGGUCUUCGUUCCGCAAAUCCGGUCGCCGGAUCCUCAAACGCAAUCCUGAAGAGACCAAAAAGCUCAAGCAGGUCCGCAGAGCCAAGGCCAAUGAUCGAGAGCGGAACCGCAUGCACAUGCUCAACAUGGCCUUAGAGAAGUUGCGUCUGGUCCUUCCUGCCUUUCCAGACGAGACCAAGUUGACCAAAAUUGAAACUCUCAGGUUUGCCAACAACUACAUUUGGGCUCUCAUGGAAAGCCUGACUGCCAUUGAGAAGGGAGGUGUCCCGCCAUUUCCCCCUCAUCCAGGGUUGGCAUUGGAGCUCCAGAAGUCCAUUGAAAGAGGGGAUGCCGUCUCAAUUGGCAAGCAUGCUUUGGAGAGUUGUGCCUACUUGGCUCAAACCAUGUUGUCACAGAGUUGUCGAACCUUUGAAGAUUCUCGCGUGCCUCACAAUGCAUUUUUCCGCCCUGAAGAACAUCUUCAAGACGGGGUUAGUGGUGGUUUUAUAAGUCCGACGACCAAUAUGCCUCUUAGUCCACCUGAAUCACAAUUUUCCGGUUCAAGCCCAGCCAAGAGCCCGUUUCAAGACCCAGGAUAUUACGAGGGUGGACCAAGCCAUUCCGGUUACAACCAAUGGUGCGAUCCGUCUCAGUGCAAUCCUCAGCACCUUCAACCUCAAACUCAGCCAUAUCAUUCUGGUCAUUAUUUCCAAUCAGGAAAUUCCCAUGACCUUAGUCAGAUGAAUCCACAAUCAACUCCAUCACAUUUUGUAUAAAACAAGAAAAGGAGUACGACACCAUAUUUCGUGUGCAAUAAUCAAAUAAAAGGGAUGGAGAUCAAGAGGUUUUGUGAUUCAUCCUCUACAGUUGCGUUCGCAAUUAAUUUUGUUAAU